AUGGCUGAUAAAAUCCUUGACGACGUCAUUAGAAAGCUUUUACAUAUACCAAAGGCACACAUGCUUAAGUCAACCACAGAUUUAAAAAGUCAUAACCCUAAGAAAACUAUUACAGAUUUUUUGAUAUUACCAGAAUUUGACCAAAUAGGUCAAAAGCGGUUCAAGACUGUACACAAUGUCAGCAAAACGCAACCUCUACAGUUUUUAAUGACUAAACCUUUAAGAAAAGUUAUCAGGAAAAGGAAUUUUGAUGGUCCACCUUGGAUAGAAAUUAAUAAUGUGGUACUGAAAUCUAUGACCAUGGUUUUAGGAGAAAUAAAAUUGAAAUCAAAAGAAGCAAUAUAUUCGAUAAUUGACGAAGAAGGACUACAUAAAGAUGGAUUUAAAAACAGACAAGGAAAAAGAAGAAAGGAAAAAGGAAUUGUGAUUUAA